AUGGAACGAAGCGUUGAUGCCAGCAAUAAUAACACCGUUCCUGCGUUAUCCUCCUCCAUCGACGAAUCGAAAUCUUCGCAUUGUGCCGUCACAAUUCGCUCGUUCUGCAAUAUCGCGAACGUAAGAGAGCCUUCGGAUGAUUACACGAUCAUACUGAAUGAAACGUUUUUCGUCGAUGAGGGUGAGACAUCGGUCUUCGAGGAAGGAACUCUGCUGUCUUUUGCAGCGGGUCGUGGAAUCGUCGUUUCUGGUCAUACUUCUUUCUGUCGAAUCUUAUGUUUGUCAAAUGUCAUUUGUGAAUCGAUUUGA